AUGGCUGCUCGGAGCUGCUUGCAGGGCCUUCUUCGGCUCCUGGCACCCUCGGCUUUGGAGGAUCCGAAGGAGAGGAGGAGGAGGGCGUGGGGUGAAGCCCAGCAGAAAGCCAAGGACUUCUUGCGAGACUGGCUUCAGGCCCAUCCCGGUGAAGAGGUGCCCGAAAGUGUCUUCCUUGCCUGUGAGGCGUCCCUGAAGCGUCGAUUUGCAGAUCUCGGAGCAGAGAACUUGAAGCUCUCCUUCGUUCGCUACAGCUUUCAGGAUCUCCUCAAAACGGAGGGUCCGCCGGAGCGGGUUCGGAGCCCCGGAGAGUGGGAAGCCCUCUUCCCGCGAUAUCCCGCGCUUGAGGACGGCUACCUGAGAAGCUUCGAGCCCGAAGAGUCCUUGGCGAUCCGGGAGGCGCUGGAGAAGUACGGAUUCUGUGUGGUGAGGGUCCUGUCGAAGGAGGAGUGCGAGUCGAGCGUGGCCGCAAUGUUCGAGGAGAUCAACCUCCUACGGGGCAGGAAAGGCGUUGAGGGUCCUGCUGUGACGGUGGAGGAUCCCUCCACUUGGUUCGACAAGAACUGGCCUUCCUCCUGCAAGUUCCUCUUGGAUGAUGUGGCCUUGCACAAGCAGGCUUUCGCGAACCGCUGUUCUCGGAAAAUCUACCGGGCCUUCUCCGGAAUCUGGCAGGAAGAGAAGCUGCAUGUGUCUGUGGACAAGUGGGGCGUUGCACGCGGCGCCAAGGAUCGGCCCAGGUGGAGGGUGGGGCUGAAGCCUCACUGGGACGUGAACCCGUGGCAAUGUCAGAGAGACAUGGAGGCUGGGAUUGACCCGGGCUACCAGGGCCUCGUUGCUUUAAGGGAUCAUGACCUUGAGACGGGUUGCCACCUGACGCUUCCCGGCUGCAGAGGCUUCCUGAAGCAGUGGUGCCUGGAACGGCGUUUGGAGAAGGUCUCGAGCUCGUCGAAGUCCUUCCGGGCUUCGGAGGAGGAUCCUAUCCUUCGGUACAUGCAGCCGGUGCCCUUGCGACAGGGUGAAAUGGUGAUCUGGUCCUGUGCCCAGCUGCACGGCAGCACGCAUAAUUCGAGCAGCAAGAUGCGCCUGGCCCAGUACAUCCGCAUGUUUCCGGCACCCAGGGCAGGCUGCAAGGCCAACUACGACGAAAAGGACAACUUCAGCUGCACCCGGGUGUUGCAGAAAUGCCUGAAGACGGGUCAGCUGACAUGGAGCGAACUCGAUGACUUACAGGUUGACCCGCUUGGUCGAGAACUGCUUGGAGUGGACCUGCUUCGCACAACGUAG